GUUUACUUAAUCUAAAUCAACAACGCAAUCAAGAAACAAUCAAGCAACAAAGAAAGAGUGUUAUCUCAGCAUUAUUUAAUCACUAGUCUCAUAAAUUUAUUCAUAAGUUCCAGGUUUUAACUAAUGGUUUUGAAAGUUUCAGAGCAACAUGCAGAUGAACCAUCACCACCACCACCUUUGCUUUGUUUUACCAAAUGAAUUCGAUGAAGAUGAGGAAUCAUAUCAAACUCCAGCUGCAACCCCAUCAAGAGAAGCCUCACAGCCUCGUCGCGGCGCCUUUCGGGUUCUUAAGGUCCUUGUCCAUAAUCCUGUUUACAGGUUUUUUGAGUCCAAAUUGAUAAGAAUUCGUAGAUUUCGCCAACCAAGGAGAGUGCCUUCUAGUGUGUACUUGGACAUUGAGGGAGUGCAAAUUCUUGAAAAAUUUGGAGAAUGCAAUAAUCCGCGGAACUUCAGCUACUCAGAGCUUUAUAUUGGCUCUAAAGGCUUUAGCAAAGAGGAAAUUCUUGGCAGUGGAGGUUUUGGAAGGGUGUACAGAGCUGUUUUGCCUAGUGAUGGAUCCGUUGUCGCGGUGAAAUGUUUGGCUGAGAGGGGUGAUCGGUUUGAGAAGACUUUUGCUGCGGAGUUGUUGGCCAUGGCUCAUCUUAGGCAUCGAAAUCUUGUUAGCCUCAGAGGGUGGUGCCUUUAUGAUGAUCAGCUGUUUUUGGUUUAUGACUAUAUGCCUAAUAGUAGCCUUGAUCGCGUUCUUUUUAAGGCCAAAGGGUCUAUGGUUCUUGAUUGGGAUCAGAGAGUGAAAAUAGUCAAUGGUUUGGCAGCUGCAUUGUUUUAUCUCCAUGAGCAAUUGGAGACUCAGGUCAUACACAGGGAUGUGAAGACCAGUAAUGUGAUGCUGGAUUCAGAACUUAACGCGAGGCUUGGUGAUUUUGGAUUGGCGAGAUGGAAAGAGCAUGAGGUCAAGUACAAACUGAAGAGUCCAUCAGUGAAGUAUGACAGCCAGUUUCGACUAGUGGAAACAACCAGGAUUGGUGGGACUAUUGGCUACUUGCCACCAGAGAAUUUCCAGAGACACGGGGCUGCUACUGCAAAGUCGGAUGUUUUUAGUUUUGGGAUUGUUGUGCUGGAGAUUGUGGCAGGCCGGAAAGCAGUGGACAUCACUUUUCAAGAUGAGAAAAUUGUUCUGCUUGACUGGAUGCGUACUCUGUCUGAUGAAGGAUUGAUUUUGAAGUCGAGGGAUCGGAGGAUUCGUGAAGGAUCUUACAAGAAUUCUGACAUGGAAUAUAUGAUCCAUUUGGGAUUGCUUUGUACUCUUCAGGAACCGGAAUCAAGACCAGACAUGAAGUGGAUUAUGGAAGUACUUUCUGGCAAUCUCUGCGGAAAACUGCCAUCUCUUCCCUCAUUUAAAUUUUACCCUCCAUAUAUUUCUAUAUCGAAUAGAAACACUGAUGCUAGCAACAUAACCAACACAAGGCCAUUCAGCUCGACGUUCACAUCCGCCAGUCACACAAAUGAAUCACUCAUAGGAGAUUCCUCCACAUUUUUCGCGGCCAAGAGUGAGACCUUGUAUGCAAGUGUUGAGGCCAGCCCCUCACGUCACGCUAUGUCACUUAUUAACAUUCCACGUGAAGUAAGCCUUAGAGAAAUCAUUUCCCUGACAAACAACUUUGCAGAGUCCCAGAAAUUGGCUGAAAUAGGAUUAGGGACCGCUUACCAUGGCUUUCUUGAUGGAAAACAGCAUGUUGUGGUAAAGAGAUUAGGCAUGACUCCUUCUGCUGCAGUCCGUUCACACUUCUUAUACGAACUCCAGAACUUAGGCAAACUGAGACACCGCAAUGUUGUGCAGCUUCGUGGAUGGUGCAUUGAAAACGGAGAAAUGCUGGCUUUGUAUGAUUACAAUGUGACUCAUCUAUUAAAUCAUGCAUUAUUCCAUCAAGAUCAUCGAAUUCUACAGUGGCCUCAACGAUACAACAUUAUCAAAUCACUUGCUUCCGCAAUUUGUUAUCUACAUGAGGACUGGGAUGAACAAGUCCUUCACAAAAACAUUACUUCUUCAUCCAUCUUCCUUGAUUCAGACAUGAACCCGCGACUCGGUUGCUUUGACCUGGCUCAAUUCCUAACCAGAACAGAGCAAGUCAAACAACUUGCCCCUGAGAAAAUCUUCCCUGCUGAGGGAAUGUUUGGCUACGCGUCUCCAGAAUACAUCAUGCAUGGCAGAGCCACAACAAUGUCCGAUGUCUACAGCUUUGGCGUGGUCGUGCUUGAAGUGCUUAGUGGACAGAUGGCAGUUGAUUUCAGCCGCCCUGAGGCACUGCUAGUGAAGAGAGUGAAGGACUUGGAAGCACAAAAGAGAAGAUACGAUGAAUUUGCAGAUCGCAGAUUAGAGGGGCAAUACAAUCACAAGGAACUAGUGAGGGUGGUGAAAUUAGGAAUGGCUUGCACACGCUCUGACCCGAAAGAAAGGCCAAGCAUUAGGAGCAUUGUAGGCAUACUCAACGGAUAUGAUAAAUGCUUCCUAGAGCAAGGGCUAAAGAAGGAGACAAGAGAAGAUUGGAUUCACAACAACUACUCUUCAUUGUCACUGGUUAAAAGAAUCCAAGCCCUAGGCAUAAAUUAAAAUCUCAUAUGUUCUAGCAGUUCUAUUUUUUUGUUUAUUUUUCCUAUGGAGUAAGAAACAAGCAUAGUAUUCUUUUUUU